GCCGAAUUUCCACCAGAAAUGGACGUCAAACUUCCUGCGAACUUUUCAAUUUUCAGUCAUUUUCAUCAUUCAUCCACCCUCAAUUAACAAAAUCAUCAACACCCGGCUUUAAAAAUCCUAACUUCAGAAAUAAGAAGAUAUGGGAGCCAGCAAGCAAAAGAAGGCGGAAUAUUUCCCCAAGCUGAAGGGCCUGCUCGAGGAAUACCGCUCUGUUUUCCUCGUCACCGUCGACAAUGUCAGCUCUCAGCAGAUGCACGAGAUCCGACAGUCUCUCCGUGGAGAGGCUGUUGUCCUGAUGGGCAAGAAUACCAUGGUUCGCCGAGCCCUCAGAACCUUCAUCCCCGACACUCCCGAGUACGAGCGUCUCCUUCCCCACGUCAAGGGUAACAUUGGUUUCAUCUUCACCAACGGCGAGCUCAAGACCGUCCGCGACAAGAUUCUGUCCAAUAAGGUUGCGGCCCCUGCUCGUGCCGGUGCUGUUGCGCCUGCCGAUGUCUGGAUUCCUGCCGGCAACACUGGUAUGGAACCCGGAAAGACCUCUUUCUUCCAGGCUCUCGGUGUCCCCACCAAGAUCGCUCGUGGUACCAUUGAAAUCACGACUGACCUCAAGCUUGUCGAGGCUGGUACCAAGGUCGGCCCCUCCGAGGCUACCCUGCUCAACAUGUUGAACAUCUCUCCCUUCACAUACGGUUUGGGUGUCUCUCAAGUCUAUGACCAGGGCAACACCUUCCCCCCUGACGUCUUGGACAUUGGCGAGGAGCAACUUCUCAAGACUUUCACGAGCGCCAUCACUACCAUUGCGGCCCUUUCGCUCGCUCUGAACUUCCCUACUCUCCCAUCUGUCAUUCACUCGUUGGUCAACAGCUACAAGAAGGUCUUGGCUGUCGCUAUCGAGACUGAAAUCAGCUGGCCUGAGAUUGAGCAGCUCAAGGACCGUAUCGCCAACCCUGACGCCUACGCCUCCUCUGCCCCCGCUGCUGCCGCUGCCGAGACUACGACUGCUGCCGCCGCCGAGGAGGAGAAGAAGGAAGAAGAGGAGGAGGAGUCUGGAGAUGAGGGCUUCGGUGGUCUAUUCGACUAAAUGUCUUAGCAUGGUCACGGUGUUGUCGGAUUGGCAUCAAACUGGGCUUGGGUUGGGAUUCCAGGAUCUAGACGUACUAAACCCGUCGAUACAUAGAUCCCUUAACGGUCAAUUAAGGCACGUUGCAGAUGAAUUAUGUGUUCUAUCGCGUGACAUGGUUACAUUACAGUGCCUAUCUAUGCAACAAGUUUUGUUGCCUUGUAAAUGAAUCCUAUAGCCGUGCUUAAUCACAAUGCCGUCCAACUUAGCCUUCUUCUUCCUCUUGACUACUUGCCCUUUUGUCUGG